UCGUAUACACGAACACGGCGGACUAACGUUCCGGCGAUUGUGGCGUUGGUCCAACUACGUACGAGUUUUAUUUCCUGUCAUGGACACGUGGCCAACGUGGCGCCCUUUAAGGUCAUCAUCAUCAUCAUCGUCGCAGCGUUGAUUUUCCUUUCUCUUCCGAAGCUGCGCCACAGACGUAGUUGAAACUAACCCCCACGCCGAGCGUCGGCUCCGUAGCAAAUACGUACCCCAGUCUCGUGGAACGCUAGCCUUGCCGGAAACGGUUCGGGCGUCCUUGUAACGGGAUAUCAUGGACGAAAAGGCGAAGAAGAAGGAGGCGGCCUCCUCCGACGAAGGCCUGGUGGACCCGCUGGAGACGCUACGAGCUGAGUGCCGCGCCAGGGACAAGUGUGCCGCCUACAGCCAGAAGCUGGACGAGUGCAACGCACGCGUCCGCAGUCGCUCAGAGACGCUCGAGGCGUGCACCGAGGAACUGUUCAACUUCCUGCACUGCGUCGACCAUUGUGCCUCCAAGGAUGUCUUCAAGCACCUCAAGUAGCCUUCGAAGUGUCUCGGUCGCUGCGUGCAGGUUUCGUGGACGCCUACCAUACGCUACGAAGACGACUCGAGGAACUGGAGAUCUUCCACCUGACGCGACUCGCGCCCGGAUUGCAUGUGACGGAAGCAAGCUAGACGCAGCGCUGCGAAGAGCAAUAAAGCCAUACCCCUCCCAAAACGAACAGGGCAGAACAAAAAAAGUCACAUUUAACGUGUCAA